UCGCUUCGCACUGUUCCCACAUCUCUCUCCGGACGAGGGACAUUGCAAUAGGGGUUUGACGUUACCAGCGCCUUUUGAGGAAAGUGACCAAUUGUAUUUCAUAAGACCGAACCGUAUAUGAACGGAUAGCCAACUUCUCUGUUUUGGAUUUAACUUGCAGGUCAAUAAAGGAUCAGUGGGAAUGCCGAAGAAGAAGAUGCAGUACUCCUGGAUGAUCUCUCUCCUAUUACUCAGCUCAGUCACCGAGGUGUUUGUUAAAGCUAGCCCUGAGACCAAUGGAAGCCACCAGCAGCAGACUCACCAUGUGUACACUGAGAUUGGCGUCACCAGAAAUAAGAUAGUGACAGCACAGUUCGAGUGCUACCAGAGAAUCUUGAAAGACACAAGCCAGAAGAAAGCUGGGCCCGUGUGCAACAAGACGUGGGAUGGCUGGCUGUGUUGGGACGACACCGAGGCGGGCGUCACCUCCGAGCAGCACUGCCCAGACUACUUCACCGACUUCGACCCAUCUGAAAUGGUCAGUAAGAUCUGCAAUGAGAAUGGACACUGGUUUCUGCACCCCGACAGCAACAGGACCUGGUCCAACUACACCAGAUGCAAUGAGCACACAAAGGAAGGAAGAAUAACGGCACAGAACUUAUUGUACUUAGCCUUAAUUGGACAUGGCCUUUCUCUAACAGCGUUGUUCAUUUCAUUAGGAAUAUUUUUCCACUUCAAGAGUUUAAGUUGCCAGAGGAUAACCCUGCACAAAAACCUGUUUUUCUCCUUUGUCUUAAACUCGGUUGUCACUAUCAUUUGGUUCACCGCUGUGGUAAACAAUCAAGAGUUAGUCCAGAGAAAUCCAGCCAGCUGCAAAGUGUCUCAGUUCAUCCACCUGUACCUGUUUGGGUGUAAUUACUUCUGGAUGCUGUGUGAGGGAAUCUAUUUGCACACUCUCAUUGUGGUGGCAGUGUUUGCAGAGAAGCAGCACUUAAUGUGGUACUAUUUGCUUGGCUGGGGUUUCCCUCUAAUACCAGCUACUAUACAUGCCAUAGCGCGCAGCUACUACUACAAUGACAACUGCUGGAUCAGCUCGAAUACAUCACUACUAUAUAUUAUUCACGGUCCCAUUUGUGCAGCCUUAUUGGUGAACUUAUUCUUCUUGCUGAAUAUUGUGCGUGUCCUCAUCACCAAGCUGAAGGUCACUCACCAGGCCGAGUCUAGUCUGUACAUGAAGGCGGUGCGGGCUACUCUCAUCCUGGUGCCCCUGCUGGGCAUUCAGUACGUCCUGCUGCCCUACAAGCCCCAGGGCCGCGUUUCUUCCGAGAUCUAUGACUACGUCAUGCACAUCCUGAUGAACUAUCAGGGACUGUUGGUGGCCACCAUCUUCUGCUUUUUCAAUGGGGAGGUCCAGGCCGUUUUGAGAAGACAUUGGAACCAGUACCGCAUCCAGUUUGGCAGCACGCUGACCCACUCGGACGCGAUGCGGUCCGCCUCCUACACGGCCUCGUCCAUCACAGAAGUGCAGGGGUGCUACAGCCUGGACAGCCACUCGGAACAUUUAAAUGGCAAAGGCUGCCAUGACAUAGAGACAACCAUUUUCAAAACGGAGAACCCUUUCGCUUAAGCUCUGCCACACUACCUGUCUUACCUGUUUUUGGACUGACUUUGAUUUUGACUCUCUUCAUGGCAUUAUUUGCUGCACGUGCCCUGUGGAAGGACGGCAAUGGACAUCAGUGACCGGUGUGUGGGUUUUAUUUCAUGGGGGUGGGUUAAAAUGAUCACACUGUAUAAGAUAUUACUUCACUCACUUUUUUCUGUGAAAUGAACUAGGCACUUGCUUUCCCCUGGGGCUCCAUAUGCUACCAUCCAUACUUGGCCUGGUCACAGAGGUGUAAAAUAUUUGAAAGCUGCUUUUUUCUGACUGAGAACACGCUGGCCCAAAUAUUCUGGUUAUUCCAAGUGGUCCUUACACAUUAUAUUUUUGUCUUUAUUUCUGGGCUGUUUUCAUAACACAAAAAAGCAUGAAACAUUGUAUGUAUGUAUGUAUGUAUGUAUGUAUGUAUGUAUGUAUGUAUGUAUGUGUGUAUGUAUGUAUGUAUGUGAGUGACAAAACAUACUCUUUUAACAUGUUUUGUACAAAAACACACACUCUUUUCUUAUUUGUUUCAGUCACAACAAAACAGGUGAUAAUGCACAUGUCGAGAUGACAGAUGACAGUGCUGACAGCAAACUCAUGUUUCUCACAAAAUAGUUGCCAUUGUGAUUGAUCACUUACUCUACAUUAAGCAUGAUGUUUUGACAUUGUACAAGAUAGGACUGUAUUAUUUUUAGACAGCGUGGAGUAGUAGAAAGAUUCUAGAUAUUCUUAUCUGAAAUCAACAUUUAUCUUUUGAACACUCAUAAGCAUUUUGUGUAAUAUAAGAAGAAAUUGUUUACGAAAAGAGACUGCAGCCACAUUCAGUUUUCAAAAAAAUCAAAAGAAUACUGCCUAUGACAAGAAAUUCUUUUUACGGGUUAUGGUAUUUAUACAAUUUAUACAGUUUUAUACAAUUUCUUGUAUACAAGCAUAUGCAUAUACAGUUUUUGUUGUGACAUAAUAUGCGAUGAAUUGCGCUGCCAUAAUUUUACACCAUGCACCAGAUUUAGCUUAGCAUAAUGAGCCCCUUAUUCACUCAUAUUCAAAUUACUGGGUGGGUGUUUCAUUUUACACUUAAAUAGGUACAGUCACACCAGUUUACAGUGAUCUAAAUGAAUAGCUUUCUUCCUACAACACAUUGCCUUGAUUCCAGUUCCAGUAUUUCUAGUGAAGGAACACUUGUUCUGGCAACUGAAAUUUGACUCAUAUUGCUCUCUUAUAUUGAGUGCAGUCACACUGCCUUACAUGAUAAAAGUACACAAUAUAUGUUGCCAUUAUAACACAUCAGUUAAUGUUACAAGUGCAUCUUAUAGUGUUUUGCAAUUUGUUAUUUAUGUCCCAUAUCUAUUGUGGCAUGUGUAUUCUAUUUGUUUUAAUAUUUUUAUUAUGGCUUGGACGAAUUACAUUUUUGUACAGAUGUCAAAAGGACAACCUCUCAAAUUGAAAGAAACUAUGUAAAUACCUUUUUUUCCAACAUCAUUUGGGCAAAUUGUGGAUUUUGUGUAAAUAUAUUACAUUCUUGAGCACGGAUAUCUACGUAUGUCUAUCUAGGUGUCCCAAGUUUGAAAGAGUAAUGCUUCAGACAACUACACCAACUACUGUACCUGCUGUCCCCAGUCCUCAAACUUCAGAUGACCUGGAAUGCCUCAGCGAAAUGUUGAUGUAACGUAUACAGACAGUGAUGACAAGAAAUGCUUCUGUGUAUUGUUUGAUCUAAAGCUAAAUCAUGAGCCAAAUACCACAACAUAUACUAUUCGCCUGGUAUGACCACUGCAACGGAACUAUACCACACUUAUUUUAUUCAACCCAUGCUUGCUUUUGUAAUGGUAUGUGUGUUUGAAUUGGUUACUCCAGGGCAGUUUUAAGAAGUAUCAUCACAUGAUGCUUGGCCUUUAUCGAAACAUUAUCUCAUGCACAAUUUUAAUGUAUUGGAACCCAACCACUUUGUGUCUUCAUGUUGUUUGAGUAGUCUGUUCAUUACUGGUGUAACAAUUUGUAUCUCAUUGAAUGUGAGCAAUGUUGCGAUUAUGUAUGUAUAUUACCGUGCAAUUACAGAGUAAGAGUAGCACUGUGUACUUUUAAGACUCUUAAUAAAUAUAUUUUCUAACUUA